AUAAAUAGCGUUUCGAAUCAUUACGGGUCAUAAAUAGUAAGUACGGGUCAUUUUGGAUUUGGACCUCUUAUAGAAUACACAAGAAUCGACUGCCUAACUAUGUACACAUCGAGGUUCUUCAUCGCGUUUGCGCUAUGUUGUUUUUCACCGGGCAGCACAACGGGAAAGACUCAAAUCGACGGAUUACAAAAGUGUAAAAAGAACGACCCAGCGGGUUUGGACGAAUGCUUGUUGAACAUGCUGAAACAAGCAAAACCGUAUCUUAUGCAAGGCAACCCGGAGCUGAACUUACCGUCUCUUGAUCCGGUACACAUCUCUCGGGUGCCUAUAGAAAGAGACGUGCGCGGUUUUAAAGUAAAAGGAGAUUUGCUGAAUUUGAAGGCUAAGGGAAUCGGUUCGAUGACGAUCAAAUCGUUGAAAUCGAACGCACAGCAAAUGAUAUUGGAAGCAAUUGCAAACAUUCCACAAAUCACUUACACCACCGACUUCAGUUUGAACGCUUCAGCAAAAACUUUGAAAACGGCCCUAUCCGGAAGUGGGAAGUGUGAAGGAAAAAUAGAUCGCAUUGCAGUUAUGUUGCACGCAAGUACCGAAAUUGACGGUGAUAAAUUGAAAUUGAUCGGUAUAGAUCUUGAACUACAUCUUGAAGACGUCGACAUUCGUGUUAUCGAAACGGACAACCCGGCUUUCGUCGAAAUCGCUUCGUAUUUCUUCAACUCGAACAAGAGAUAUGUUUUGAACAUGGUCACUCCGAUCGCCCAAGACAUUAUCAAGGAACUGUUGCUUAAACACGGUAAACAAAUUCUGUCCACUGUGUUCAUAUCCGACUUGAUGGCCGACUGAGUUUUUAGCUGAAAAUUGUUAACCAUCUACAGUGAAUGCUACGUUGACCUUUGAGGUAAAAAAAAAAAAAUUAAAUAUUGCAUAAAAAUGUUAUUCAGUCGUUAAAUAACAACGUUAUGAUAUAUUUAAUUUCAAAAAUUUCAGAAAUACAUUAUAAUA